AUGGAAGCUACUACUGCAGAUUUCAUAUACCCUGAUUGGGUGUCCUGCCCAGACAACAUGCAGUAUAUGAACCACGCGGUUUUGGUCUUAGUUUACGUCAUAGUUUUCUGUCUGAGCUUGCCGGGCAACAUGGUGGUGAUCUUCGUGGUGAGCUGCAUGGAGAACCGCAGGACGUCUACUGAUGUUUACCUGAUGCACCUGGCCAUCGCCGACCUGUUCUUUGCCUUGACUCUCCCAUUCUGGGCUGCUUACUAUUACGCCGGCCACUGGAUGUUCGGCACAUUUAUGUGCAAACUGAUUUCAGGCUUGCAGGAAGCCACAUUUUACUGCUGCGUCUUCCUGCUGGCUUGCAUUAGUUUUGAUCGCUACCUGGCCAUCGUGAAAGCAACCCAAUUCCUCACCCAAAAACGCCAUCUGGUCGGUAUAGUGUGUGCGGUGGUGUGGCUAUGUGCCUGUUUGUUGUCCCUGCCCAUUAUAGUGAAUCGUGAGGCCUUCGUGUCUGUAUAUACGCAGGAGUAUACGUGCCAUGACAAUUUGACCGCAGGAAGCAUGGACAGCUGGAGGAUGAGUUUGCGGAUUCUCCACCACACUUUGGGAUUCUUCCUGCCAUUAGCCGUCAUGAUGUUCUGCUACGGUUUCACCAUGUGCACGCUUUGCCGCUCGCGCAACAGCCAAAAGCAGAAGGCCAUGCGGGUCAUCCUGUCUGUCGUGUUGGCUUUUAUCAUCUGCUGGCUGCCCAAUAAUAUCCUAGAGUUAAUAGACACCCUGAUGCGAGGCGGCCAGGUGAUGGAAACGUGUGAGCUGAGAGACAGCAUAGACGUGGCCUUGUACGUCACACAGGCAAUGACUUCUGCCCGCUGUGCAAUAAACCCUAUCCUGUAUGUCUUCAUUUGGAAGAAAUUACGCAACCAGCUCCUGACGUCUCUCUUUAAGAAAGGCCUUGGGAGAGACACAACGUCGAAAUAUCAAGUGGGAUCUGUCAAUAGCUUUGGGAGCACAAGGCAAAUGUUGAUCAGUCCAGCUCCUUAGGGCUUUGAUCCCUCAAGGACCACACCAGUGAGUUUUUAGAUCUUGCUCACCAAACCCUCUACCCAUCAGUGGUGUUUGUAUUCACAGCCACAGCAUGAAAACCAUGGCCCUUCUCGGCCCUUUGACCCAUCGGCUCCACCGUCAUCUUUUAUCCGUUCAGCUUUUCUAGUUUAGUUCCUCAUUUUGGUCUGUGUAUUUCUACACCAU